CCUCCUCGCUCCCCAGCCCCUUCUCCCCUCCCUUCUUUCCCCUUUCUCCGAGCCUUCGCCAUGGUUUUGCAAGCGAGCGCUUCCCUCCUGGGCGCCUUCCUCCUCCUCUUUUCUUCCCUUCUGCUCCAAACUUCAGCCACGCAAGACCUGCGCCGCCCACCUUCCAGGAUAGGGGUGAUCGGAGCGGGAAUCGGGGGCACUUCUGCUGCCUAUUUCCUGCGCCAGAAGUUCGGCAAAGAUGUCCCCAUCGACGUCUUUGAGCGAGACGAGGUGGGCGGCCGCCUGGCAACCAUCGACUUGGAAGGAAAAGGCUACGAAGCUGGAGGAACCGUCAUCCACCCGCUCAACCUGCACAUGAAGCAUUUUGUUAAGGAACUGGGACUUUCUGUUGUCCAGGGUCAUGGUGGGCUUUUAGGCAUCUACAACGGAGAUGAGUUAGUCUUUGAGGAGAGCGGUUGGACCAUCUGGAACUUCCUGAAACUGCUCUGGCAUUACGGGCUGAAUGCUAUACGGAAGUCCAUGUGGGUGGAGGAGACCCUGGACAAAUUUAUGAGGGUCUACCGCUACCAGGCACAUGACUAUGCCUUCAGCUCCAACGAGGCCUUGCUCCAUGCCCUUGGAGGGGCUGAGCUCAUCCAGAUGUGGAACCAAACCAUCGAAGAGUCUAUGCAGAAGGCCGGCUUUUCUCAGAAGUUCAUCCACGAAAUGGCAACACCCAUCAUGCGGUACAACUAUGGGCAGGGAGUCGGCAUCAACGGAUUUGUGGGCGUGGUGGCCUUCACAGGAGUCGACAAAGGACUCUGGUCUGUGGAAGGAGGCAACAAGAGAGUAUGCGCCGGUCUGAUCCAGGCCUCAAAAGCCCAGCUGAUUCAAGGCACUGUGACUUCCGUGGAGGAAACAACACGGCCCAAAGGACGCUCAGGUGAGACCGUCAAGCUGUACGAAGUCACCUACGAGUCCGCCUCAGGAGUGACAUCCUCUCUCUACGAUAUCGUCCUGAUCGCGGCACCGUUGCACCGUAAAAUGACCAACAUCUCCUUCCGCAACUUCAAGCCGCCCAUUCCCGAAUUCUCCAAGCCUUAUGAACACGUAGUCUCCACGUUCGUCCACGGGAACAUCAACUCUUCUUUGUUUGGCUAUUCGGACCCCUCCCAGUUGCAAUUAAACGACAUUUUCACCACGGAAAACCCCAAGGCGUUCUUCUACAGCAUUAGCAUAGUCCCUGCUGUUAAAGACGCAGAAGCGGGUGCAGCGCCGUCCCCACCAGUUUGGAAAAUAUUUUCUGCCCAGCCGUUGACCAAGAAGCAGCUGAACGUGCUCUUCUCCUCCUACGACUCAGUGGAAUCAAAGGCAUGGCUGGCCUACCCUCAUUACAGCCCCCCCGAGCAGUGCCCGCCCCUCGUUCUCCACAACCGUAUGUACUACGUCAACAGUAUGGAGUGGGUGGCAAGCGCCAUGGAAAUGGGCGCCAUCUCAGCCAAGAAUGCCGCCCUCCUGGCUCACCACCGCUGGUACGAGCGGACAGAGAAGAUCGAUCAAGAGGAUUUGCAUGAGAAACUCAAGACGGAGCUUUAAAGCUUAAUGGGAACUUGGACGGAAAAGACAGAAAACGUCCUAGAACAGCAUUAAUAUUUUGAGCCAAUUUUCCUGCUGCAGCAACACAUUCAAUUUCUAAUUGGAAUAUGUCGUAACAAACAACUUCUUCGAAAGCACUCUAAUCUUUUUCUAAUACGAUGCAAUGCAGCCUUAUUUGCAAAUAAUGUUUCUUCCGGAUGCAGAGACAAAACUAAAAUGUUUGUGCUCAAGUGCCUCUUUAGACAAAACAGUUCUUAAUCCCAUUAACCAACAGAAAGUAUAAAGGAGCUGCAGAAAGAAUUGUGAAUGUGAUUCACUUGAAGCUGAAGACAGUCCUCCCUGACCCUGGUUUUUAGAGACUACUAAACCAGGAGGAUUUUGAAAUGGAAUGAAACAAACUGUGUAUGCCAUACUACUGAUUUAAAAAUUAAAUAUAUAUUUUGCGGA